AUGAUUAAUUUAAGAUAUUCAACUGAUACUUGUCAAGUUGUUCUUCGUCUUAAUGAUGCAAAUCAUAAUCAAGUUCAACAUUUGACGUGGCAUUAUGAAAUGUUACAAAAUAAUGAUGAUGAUAAAGAAGAGAAAUCUAAAUACGAACAAAUAUCUAUUAUACCUAAACGAGAUGUUGAUCAAAAACCAUUUCGUAUUUGUGUAUCACCAUCUCGUUUUCUUUCUCCAUUAACAUGGAUUGAAUAA